UUCAUUCUAUUAUGAAGCUGGAAUAAGGGUUAGAGGUGAAAAUUUCGGUCUUUGAAAUUGACUCUUGGUUCUACAAGAGUUACAAGAAUGGCAUUGGCAUCUGUUCCAAAACUAGUGCUUGGAUCCAUUGCCUUUGCAAUCUUUUGGAUGCUAGCAGUUUUUCCUGCUGUGCCAUUCCUUCCCAUUGGGAGAACUGCAGGGUCCUUGUUAGGUGCAAUGCUCAUGGUCAUAUUCCAAGUUCUCAGUCCAGAUCAAGCAUACGAAGCAAUCGAUCUUCCAAUUCUCGGUCUUCUUUUCGGCACAAUGGUAGUCAGUGUUUACCUAGAAAGAGCUGACAUGUUUAAAUACAUAGGAAAAUUGCUUUCAUGGAAAAGUAAAGGAGCAAAGGACUUACUUUUUAGAAUCUGUGUGAUUUCUGCUGUCUCGAGUGCUCUUUUCACCAAUGACACUGCCUGUGUUGUUCUGACUGAAUUCAUAUUGAAAAUUGCAAAGCAACACAACCUCCCACCACACCCUUUACUGCUUGCACUUGCUACAAGUGCUAAUAUUGGCUCUGCAGCAACUCCGAUUGGCAACCCUCAAAAUCUUGUCAUAGCUGUUCAAGGUAAAAUAUCAUUCGGACAGUUUCUGAUUGGUGUUCUUCCAGCUAUGCUUGUAGGGGUUGUAGUGAAUGCUGUGAUUCUUAUGGUGAUGUAUUGGAGGGUGUUGUCUGUUCAAAAGGAUGAAGAAAAUCCAAUAGCAAAUCAUGCAGCAGAGGAAGAGGUCAAUUCUCAUCAGUUUUCUCCAGCCACAAUGUCUCAUUUUAACUCACUCAACUCUGAACAAUGGAAUGCACACAUGGAAAAUUUUAAUCUUCCAAGUUCCCCUCAUGGUCAGAAUCUGAGAAUUCGAUCGGUAGUGGGUGAUGGUGAAAUCGACAGGGUUCUCAGCAACACGUUAGAUUCCACAAGAAACUCUAAUGCAUCAAAGGAGGAGACAAAUGGUAUGACUUAUGAGACGCAUGAGGAAACCAGUCCUUCAAAAACUGAUGCCAAAAUGGUUAAACCAGUUGUGGAAACUGUGCUGAACAGUUUAGAAGUAAAGGAGCGUUUGGGUGUAAGAUGGAAAUAUAUAGUGUGGAAGUCGUGUGUUUACAUGAUCACAUUGGGAAUGUUGGUUGCCAUGCUUUUUGGUUUGAAUAUGUCAUGGACUGCUAUUUCAGCUGCU